AGCAGGCAGGACAGCCACACCUCAUGCGUGGGCUCAGCAAAGGUCCGAGUGGAUACGGGUCUGACAAACAUGGGUGUGCUCCAGCUCCACAAUCCCACUCACCCCAGCACGCUUCUGCAGCGGGCCAAUCAAAUGCGUCUGACCGGCACCUUGUGUGAUGUCAUCAUCACCGUGGACGGCCAGGAGUUCCCGGCGCACCGCACCGUCCUGGCCUGCACCAGUAAAAUGUUCGAGAUCUUGUUCCACCGCAGCAGCCUGCGCUACGCCCUGGACUUCCUGUCCCCCAAGACCUUCCAGCAGAUCCUGGAGUACGCCUACACCGCCUCGCUCCAGGCCACGGCCGAGGACCUCGAUGACCUGCUGUACGCCGCCGAGAUCCUGGAGAUCGAGUACCUGGAGGAGCAGUGCCUGAAGGUGCUGGAGACCAUCCAGGCAGAGGAGAGCGAGGAGGUGGCGGUGAGGAAUCACAGCUCCGGAGACCACAGUGACCACAGCCGGGCCAGGCACUGGAGGCACAUGUUGAUGUCCAAGAAGCAUUCCAUACAGGAUGGACCCAACCGCACCACUCCCACCGCUCUACACCACCUGGCGCUGUACCACAUGGAGAGGAGCUCUCCAGGUCCAGAACCCGAGGCGGCUCCUGAAUCGAGCCCUCAGCCGGACACGGAGGUCGACAUGGAGGGCUCCCAGCAGUCUGAGCGCCACGGUGCACAGUUAUCCCAGGCCUUGACCCUGGAUCUUGCCAGAAGUAUAAAAUCAGAGAACAUGCAGGUGGAUGAUGCCAACGGCUGCGAGGGUCGGUCCUCCAGCACUGGGGAGGGAAGCUGCAUGUCAGACCAGCCCAAAGACGAGGGCCCGGGGACGCCCCUGAGAGGCAGCGUGAUCACCAGCGCUCGAGAGCUGCACACAAGCCCCGAAGAUGGAGGACAAGUGGUGGGGAACUCUCUCGAUUGUUUCCCCGGGAUGGCCGAGAAACAUCUGGCCUCCAUAUACUCUGUGCCCACUAACCACACAGGAGAGGGGAUGCUGCCGGUGUCCGUUUCAGUUGCCCCAUCACUGGGCGUGCCGCUGGAUCCGAGGGCCUACGGCGGCCUGCUGCACCAAGGCUUGCUGCACAGGGAGCUCCUCAGCAGGCUGGGCCAGUUUGCAGCAGGGAUGAGGCACGAGAGCCAAUCUCAAGGCCAGCAGUGUUGUGGCGAGUGUGGGCUUCAGCUGCACAGCAGGCAGGCAAUGGAGCAGCACAGGAGGCUGCAUAACGAGGAGAAGGGCCACGGCUGUGAAUAUUGUGGCAAACACUUCCAGGACAGCAUGCGGCUACGGAUGCACAUGCUGUCUCACACAGGGAUGUGCCGUAGGCGGGAAGCGUCUGCUGUAGAGAGAACACCCAGUCCUUCUGUGGCCUCUCAGGCAGACAGUCUGCUCACUGUUCAGAGACUGAUAACAGGGCACGCUCCCGCAGAGGCGCUGGUGUGUGAUCAGUGUGGAGCAACAUUCUCCUCGGAGGAUGCUCUGGAAGCCCACAGGCAAACACACACAGGGACUGACAUGGCGUUGUUCUGUCUGCUGUGUGCAAAGCGCUUCCAGACCCAGAAGGCCCUGCAGCAGCACAUGGAGGUCCAUGCAGGCAUGCACAGCUACAUCUGUAGCCACUGUGAGCGCCCCUUCCCCAGCCACACCACCCUCAAAAGACACUUGCGCUCGCACACGGGCGAUCACCCGUUUGAGUGCGAAUUCUGCGGGAGCUGUUUCAGAGACGACGGCACGCUGAGGGGCCAUAAACGCAUCCACACAGGAGAGAAGCCUUAUGAGUGCAACGGCUGCGGGAAGAGGUUCAGCCUCAAACACCAGCUAGAAACACACUACCGCGUACAUACAGGUGAGAAGCCAUUCGAGUGUAAGCUGUGUCACCAACGGUCCAGAGACUACUCGGCUAUGAUCAAGCACCUGCGCACACACAACGGAGCGUCUCCGUACCAGUGCACCAUCUGCCAGGACUUCUGCCCGAGCCUGGCCGCCAUGCAGAAGCACAUGAAGGGCCACAAACCGGAGGACGUGCCGGCGGACUGGAGGAUAGAAAAGACUUACCUGUACGUCUGUUACGUCUGAGCUGGACUUGGACUCCACGCACAGUCUGACACACACACGCACACACACAGUCAUUGAAAACCUUGUAACUCCAGUGUCGCAGAUUUUUAAUGCUGAAAAGGUUACAUGUUUCUCUGUGGGGGGUUUUAAAAAAAGAAAAAUUCAGACUCUUUGUUUUGGAUGAACUGAAAAAAUGCUUUGUGGGAAGUUGUCGUUCUGGGAGUACAAGGUUUUUACCUGACAACAGAGACACGUAAGCACGAAUACAAAUGUGUGUACACACCACACUGGGGCUGCUACUAAUGAUUGGUUUCAUUAUCAAUUAGAAUAUUUUUUAC